AUGAUAGGUGAUCUCUUCCUUGAAGAAGGUGAUGAAGACUAUGGAACUCUUACAUCUGAACAAGCCAAAUUUUCAAGUCUCGCUGGAGAUAUUGAAAAACCUCCUCAGCCUCGCCAAUCUUCAGGCUUUGUAGGACUUUUUAAUCAGUAAUCCCUAUUUAGAGGUGCAACUUGCUACUUGAACUCCUUGAUCCAAGCGAUGUUCAUGACCCCAGAGCUUCGUUCAGCAAUUCUCAGCCUUCCUCUCUGUGAAAACACCUUAAACAGCUACUCUUCCUGGCUACCAGAAGGCCAGAAACGCGAAAUCCUUAUGGCUUUACAAGAAUUAUUUGUAAAACUUCAAGAAGUCAAUGAAAAUAGCUUAUCCACCCGCAAUUUGACUGACAGUUUUCAUUGGACAGGGGAAGAAGUUGUCCAGCAGCAUGAUGUCCAAGAACUAAACCGAGUUUUAUUCGAUGCUAUUGAUAAUUAAAAUAUGGCGUCUUCGUCUGGGCAUGGCCUCCCGGCCAUGCAUACUCGACUCAUAUUUUAAUUAUAUCCGGCAAGGUUUUGCAUUUCAGAAACGGACGGCAAUGCUAGGUAAGCAAUUCUGGUUGUGCUCAGAGCCUAGCCCAAGUCUACUUUCGGGAAUGUUUUUUCCUCAUGGGGAAGGAGGCACGCAAGUUGGAAAGGGGAAGCUCAGCCAAGUCCGUUAGGACCAAUCGGGCAACUCCCUAGCGUGAAACUGGGCGUUACGUCCCAGGCUUCGUGUUUUUUCCUUUUUGCCGAAAGCCUACCAGAAAAUCCAUUUUUUAUGGAUUUUCGGAAUGGCAACCCAUGUCCUCAAGCGAAGUAGCUCAGGCAUGAGCCGCCUUAGUCGGCAACACUGCUCCGGAGGCGCGUACUGGAGAUCGAGGCUGACUGGCCCCAGACGGUCGGCGGGCCCUAUGCGACGACGAAGAAGCAGCGGGAAGCUCUGGAGGGGUUACCCCGUGAAUGGCGUUAAACACAGAACCUAAUAAGUUAAGUUAAGUUAUUCGAUGCUAUUGAUAGAGCUUUGCAAGAUACCUUAUACAAUGAUUUAAUCGGAAAAUUAUACAGAGGACUUUAUGUUAAUGAAACUCUUUGCACAAACUGUGGGAUAGUAAGGGAAAGAGAAGAGGCAUUUGACGAUAUUUCAUUGAACAUUAAAAACUGCUCAAAUAUAUAUGAAAGUUUACAAUAUUUGCAGGCUAAAAGCAAACUUGAUGGGAAAAAUCAAUACUUUUGCGAAACUUGUGGUAAGAAGGUAGAUGCUGAAAUAUGCACAAAAAUUAAGCAGCUGCCACCGAUUUUAACUUUUUCGCUGUGCAGAUUUGAGUAUGAUAUGAAAACAUAUGAAAGAAUAAAAUUAACAAAAAAUUAUGAAUAUCAGCUUGAGUUGGAUUUAUCAGAAAUUGUGGGAGAGCCGACUAAGUAUGAACUUUUUGCUGUGAUCAUUCAUGGAGGCACUGCUUAUUCUGGGCAUUAUCAUGCUUAUAUUAGAGAUUUGUUGAGGACUGGCACGUGGAUCCCAGUUGAAUCUUCAAGUGAGCCAAUAGCAGAAAUAGCGCCUGAAGUAGUAUCAAAUGAUAAUUCUAAUGCGAAUGAUGAUAAUGAAGACAACAGCGAACCCAAUAGGAAGAAGCGGAAAAGAAACAAAAAAAAGAAAAACGUGGAAAAACCAACUCAGGAGCAGCAAGAAGAAGUAAAAAAAACUGAAACUUUUGACAAUCAAGACUUCCCAUUUUCUUGUAGCAAUCCAGAAUUAUUACAAAAUUGGUAUGAUUUUAAUGACUCUGUAGUGCUUCCAAUUAAAUCAGGAAAGUUAGUUAAGCAGUUUGGCGGUUCUGGAGAAACUGGCUAUAUGCUUAUAUAUAGAAAUGUAAAUUUAAACCAAAAUCUCGGCAUUACCGAAAUUCCUAGCUAUUGGAAAGCUCCAAUCAAAAGUUUGAAUGAUGGAUAUUCUAAGCACAGAGAAGAAUACGAAGAAUUGAAAAACUGAAUAGAAGUCCAGCUCCAAGACAUAAGUUUAUUUGAAUACUCUGAUGGACUUUUAAAAUAUUUUUUAUCUGAAAAAUCAAUUGACCAAGGAAUUCCUAUCUUACUUACUUACUUACUUACUUACUUACUUACUUACUUACUUACUUACUUACUUACUUACUUACUUACUUUACUUACUUAGGUGUUUAAAGUGUCUUCCCUCUUCCGCAGGGUGAUUUAGGCAUGCAUAGCCCACCCUUUUAAAUCCCAACUAGUGACGUCAGCAGCGAUCCUCCCUAUAUGUAGGCAUUCCAGAAGACUUCACUUGUCAGGCCAGAAGGUCCGCACUGGCCGCGUUGGCCUCGCCCGAACUUGACUCCUGCGCGUGUUCCGCCUAAGGGUCACCCUCCUCGGGUGUGUCAAGCAGCAAAAUCAGGUCCUCCUAAUAUCCUGGACCAAAGAAAUACCCUAUGCAGUAUUCCAUAUUGGUUUUGCGGAUAAAGGCCCACGUGGAAAACUUAACCCUAAAAUAAUAAAAGCGAAGGAAGGAAUAGUUCUCGGAGAGAAUUAAUUCCGCACUGAGCCAUUUAUUAUUAUUAUAAGAAUUCCUAUCAGAAUUAAAAUCACAGACACUGUUGGAGAUUUGUUAAAUGCCAUUAAAAAUAAAAUCAGUAAUUUAGAGGAUUAUCAACUAAUUGAAGCAAAGCCACUGUCUAAUAAAUAUGCUCAUCUUAUUAGAAAAAUUGAAGGAAUUGAUGAGUCAGUUUUGCUGAAUGAUGCAAAAUUUUAUCAUAAAAUUUGUUUGGUUAUUGCUCCGAAAAAUCCUGGCAAUGAAUUACUAAAAGAUGCAUUAAGCUACAUAGGAGAAGAUUUUGAGCCUAUUAGUAUAAACUGUAACAUUUUAGGAGAAAAAAGUAUGGUUUCAGUUAAUAAAGGAUGGACACUUGAACAUUUAUCGCUUAAAAUUAUGGAAAUUUCAGGAAUUCCUCCAAAUUGUCAAGGGCUGAAAAUUAUUAAAAGCCAAGGCGACACAAAAGAGCUCUUGCCUAUAAAUAUGGAUAAGACUUUAUCUGAGCUAAAAUUUUAUCAUUCUGUAUAGCUGCAGAAUUUAGCUUGAUCCCCAUUGGGUUUAUUCUACCCAUGCUUUAGCUUGCCAAACAGAACCAAAAUUUCAAAUCUCAUUGAUAUCUUUAGAAUUGACCAUAUUGCAAGCUAUAAAGGAUGCAUACCUAUACAACUGUCAGUUAACAUGAAAGAAGAAGAAUUCCCAGAAAUUGAGCAAAAACCUCAAGAACCUCAAAACACAGGAAUGGUAACAAUUCUUGCUGCAGAUGAAAACGAUUUAAGUAACGUCAUCCAACACCUUGUCCCGAUUAAGUGAAAAGUAAAAAACCUUGCUGAUGAGCUCAAAAACUUAUAUAAAAUUGACACACCAAUCAGACUUAAGAAACUCAACGAAGGCACGUAUUUUUAUAAGGAGGAAAUUAAUAAUAAACUGAAAACAGUCCCAGAGUUUGAAGAAGGAGGAUAUAGGAUAUGUGUGGAAAGAGGAGUGCCUCCAUCUAUGGGCCAAAUUGUAUUAAGAGUUUCAUUAGAGCAAAAUGAAGCCCCAAAAGAUGUAUUUUGUGAGCCCAAUGAAAAAAUUGUUGAUCUUAAGCCUAGAAUUGGAGAAACUCUAGGCAUUGAUAUGAAUAAUUAUAAAUUAUAUAGGACAGACUGGCUAAAGGAGCCUAUUUCAGUGCUGAAAAAUGAAAACCAAACUUUAACCAAAGCAGUCAUACGCGAUGGAGAUUUACUCAUAGUUAAACCAUCAGAUACAGUUCUGGCUACUGAAACUGUGAAAAUUUUUGUAUUUCUAACUCAAACAGGCCUCCCUGACAGCUGCGAAUUUUUAGAAGAAGUUUCGAUUUCUGAAGAUUCCACGCUUUUACAGCUGAAAUCUGCUUUGUUCCAACUCCCCAAGAUUUUUAACGAAAAUUUAACACCUAUGCAUUUAAGACUGAGAGAAAGGACAAAAACACUAUGAUUUGGAAAAGUUUUUAGAGAAGACAAAAAAUCAAUUAAAAGUCAAAAUAUUUCAUUUGGAUACAAUUUAGUUGUCCAAGUCCUUCCUGAGCCUGAAUCUUUGUCUGUUCAUGCAAUGCUUCUUUAUAUAUGUGAAAGAAAUGUUGCUGAAAAAUCAAGAAUAAACUUAAAAGAAGGAAUUUUUGAUUUUGGGCCAGCACCAAAUGUUGAUCAUUUGUAUACUUGGGCUUUAAGUAUUUUGGAUAAGCCCUGGGGAAUGGCAGAAAUUACAUUGGCGAAAUAUAAGUCUCAUAGUUUUGACUGGGAAAUUAUAAAAGACGAAAGAAGUGUUAAUGAAAGAGGAUCAUUAGUUAAUGUGAAAAAUAACAAAUCAGGAGUUGGUAUUUAUAAUUUGAAAAAAGCUCCUGUUCUACUCAAAGAAGGAGACUUAAUUACCGUAAAAUUCAACGGAGAUGAUCCUAUGGGGGUUGAUGAUUUUAGCUGUGAAGUUGAUCAGGUAUUAAAAGAGGAAUAUAGAAAAAGACAGAAUGGAGACGGAAAGAAAGCGCCGAGAAAAGCUAAACCAGAAAAAGCAAUCAAAAUAGCAGAUUUUUAA